AGGUCUUUAGCAGACUGAGACCAGUUUUCUGUCAGUAUUUGCCUAUAAUUUGCACUGAUCAGUGUCCUAGUGCCUGUUGAAGAGAAUCGCCCCCAUAGCAUGACGCUGCCUCCACUGUGCUUCACUGCAGGGAUGGUGCUUAGAGGUACAUGUGCAGUGUUAGGUCUGUAUAAGAGGGACGUGUGCAGUGUUAGGUCUGCUAGGCUGGCAGGCAGAGUUAAUUAGAGUAUCUUUUGUCGGCUCCUGGAUUGAGCUGAAGUCAGUGUAAAGGGUGGGUGUGGGCCCUACUCAUCUGUGCAUGACCAGUUACUCAAGCAUGAAGAUGGCUGCCUCUGAGUGGCUCUUACAGCGCUGACUAAUUGAAACAGGGAACCUGUUCUCCUGGCAGCACAUGGAAAUUUUUAUAUUGAGUGUCUUGGCCCAUAAGUUUUCAACGCUGCAUCUUUCUGUUGAAUGUCUUUACAGCUAUAAAGCAUUUAACACCAUGCAUCUGUCGCUAAAGUCCAUGUUUUUUUGUUGCUAAGUCUUAGCUAAACAUUAGUGACAUCUCAGCUUGACUGUGUUCAAAGCUAUGUAGAUUUAUGCAAAUGGAAAAGCUUUGUCCUCUUUCUUAGUACAAUUAUUUAUUUCAAACUGGCUUGUUCUGAAUUUGACUGUUCAAGUCACUGCAUGUCUUUCAGACUAGUGGAAUUUCCAGUAAUACCAAGUUGCGUUUUGCACAAUUUUUCUUUAUGGGGGCAAGCCUGUGUGUGUCUGCUUGCAUGAGGUACUCUGCGUGUAUGGUGUAUUCUGCGUGCGUGUAUGAGGUGCUUUGCGUGUGUGCAUGCGUGUGUACGUGUAUGAGGAACUUAGCGUGCUACACACAGUCGACUGCAGUCCUACACAGUCCAGUGCAGUCCUACAUGCAGUCCAGUGCAGUCCUACACGCAGUCCAGUGCAGUCCUACACGCAGUCCAGUGCAGUCCUACACGCAGUCCAGUGCAGUCCUACACGCAGUCCAGUGCAGUCCUACACGCAGUCCUACACGCAGUCCAGUGCAGUCCUACACACAGUCCAGUCCUACACACAGUCCAGACAGUCGAGAGGGAUUUGCCCCAUUGGAGACAGUAGUCCAGGACCCCAGCUGAGCCUUGGCUUAAAAAUCUGUGCCUUCAACGUCCAGAGCUUCAGUGACUCCAAGGCGUCCAAACCGAAGGUUAUGCACAACCUCGUCCGGAUUGUGUCUCGCUGUGAUGUGUGCCUGCUUCAAGAGGUGAGAGAUGCGCAGCACACUGCCGUUAGAAAGCUGUUGGAUUCGCUCAACAGGUAUGAUGAGAAGUAUCAUUAUGAUUAUGUGGCCAGUGAGCGUUUGGGCAGAUCAUCUGCUUACCAGGAGCAGUAUGUCUUUGUGUACAGGACAGGCUCGGUAAAGGUGCUGGAUGAGUACCAGUAUCCAGACAAGCAGGAAGGAGAUGAAGGGGCCUUCUCCAGACCACCCUUCGUGGUCAAGCUUAAAGCACCCAAAACAGUGAUUGGAACAUUCGUCCUGAUCCCGCUGCACUCUUCCCCUAGCAAUGCCACCAAAGAGAUCGAUGAGCUGUACGACGUUUUUGUUGACGUGCAAGAAAAGUGGAAAAUCGAGAACGUGAUGUUCCUGGGGGACUUCAACGCGGCCUGUGGCUACGUGGCCAAGAAGAACAGGAAGAACAUCCGGCUGAUGACGAUGGACCGCUUCUACUGGCUGAUUGGAGACGAGGUGGACACCACAGUGAGGGAGAGCACCAGCUGCGCGUAUGACCGGUUCGUGGUCCACGGGGAAACUUUCUUAAGAGGGGUUGAGCCCUCUUCUGCUGGUGUCUACAAAUUUGACAAGAAGUUCCAUCUCAAAGAGGAAGAGGCAUUAAGUUUGAGUGACCACUAUCCCAUCGAGGUGGAUUUGAAGGCAUCAGCACAGCGGCGAUCAGAAACGCAGCUCUCCCUCCUCUUCAUCACUGCCUGCAUCCUCUUCCUCAACCUAGCCUGAACAUGCACUGUGCAGAACACACACGCUGUGCAUCGGGGUAAAGGCGGGUUCAUCGGGGAACGUGCAAAAUACAUCCUGUCUUCUUCAUCUCCUCAUCUCCCUGGAGUUAAAGCACGUUGCUGUGCGUGUGUGUGCGUGUGUGUGCUUGCGUGUGUGUGUUUCCGUGUGUGUGCGUGCGUGUGCGUGUGUGUGCUUGCGUGCGCGCAUUCGAGUGUGUGUGUAUGUACAGUGACGCCUGGCUCUGACUGCAUGCCCAGCAAUGGCAAACUGUCUUAGGAGUUUUGAUGAAUUUUAAGUGCUGACUUAUAAGACUGAGCUUUCUGACUUUCUAUUGGCCGAGACCUCCUGUCAUUCAUGACAAAUCUAUGAAAUCACUAUGAGACAUUGACUGGACUUUCCCUUUAGGGCAUUGAGUAAAUAGUGUGUGCUGCAGUAAUCUGUCCAAAUUAGCACAGGGAAUAAACCCCAGACUUUCUGGACUUGUGACCUUUGACCUUGCUCAUGCCAAAAGCCUUCUAGGCCUUUAUAUGAAAUUAUUUUGUGUACAGUUUUUUUUAUUUUAUUUUUUUUACUUUGGGUUUGUGUGUUUUAAUGACGGAAUAAAAUUUCCGAUGGUGCCUUAUCUCAAUAUACUUAUUUAUGUCCAUGUUUGUUUUUAGCCUGUUGUAAAAUACAUUCUGUUAGGGGAAAUGCUAAAUAAAACUUGUCAAUGGGGAUUUAUUUUAAAAUACAAAAAUAAAAGAAAUUCAAAAAAUC